CAGUCUUCGGGAAAAGGGGAUUUUUUUAGUCCUUUUUUCGUUGUACUUUGAASUCGUAUCAUUGUUCAUGGCCAGAGGUUAUAGCUUCUUGAUUCUUAGACUGAUAGAUGGUUUAUUUUUCUGGCAAACGUUUUUGUUUUUUACAAUUUUGCUUUUGCCACGUGUUUCACCGCACUCUUCCGGUUCUCUGAUGGCUUUGGUUCCAUAUUCACCGCCCAAUACCCUUGCAAAGUUUCACCAAACCGAAAGGAACUUUACUUUUGUUGGGAAGACUUUGAAAAUUGCGCAAGAUUGGAAYGAAGGAGGCGUUGCUGCAGUCGUUUGGGACGCCGCCAUUGUCCUCAGUCAAUACCUUGAAAAACACAAGCCUUUGAUAGAACAUAAAACAGUCAUUGAACUAGGAGCGGGGACUGGUCUAGUUGGAAUGGUUGCUGCUUUACUUGGAGGGAAUGUUAUAGUCACAGACAGACAAAAGGCAUUAAAAUACAUCAACACAAAUGUAGAAAAUAAUGCUGAUAUUUUAUCAAAACUUCCCAUAAAAGUUGCUGAUCUCACUUGGGGUCAAAGUAUUUCUGAUUUUGAAGCACCAUUUGACAUAAUACUUGGAGCUGAUAUAAUAUACAUCGAGGAAACAYUCCAGGARUUAUUCAAAACYCUGUUGGAAUUGACAGGGAAAAAGACAGUUGUGCUGCUAUCGUGCCGAAUUCGUUAUGAUCGAGACAACAAGUUCUUGGAACUUCUUGGCACUAAGUUUAGUGUCAAAAAGRUUUUGUAUAAUGAGGAUACUGACAUUGUAAUUUAUAAGGCUAUCAAACUGGAGUCUUUGGACAAUAAAGAAGAUCUUUAAUAAUUUACAUUUCAUUUAUGUGCAAUCGUCAGGYUACUGUUCUUURUUCGAUGCUCUAUUUAUAGUUUUUUUAUAUGCCAAAUCUGAGAUUUAGAAUAGGCUU